AUGGCAUUGUUGUGUUAUUUAGAUCUUUCAAACAAUCAUUUAUCUGGAGAAUUAUCUUCUAUUGAUUGGAAGGGUUUGCAAAGUUUGGAAAUUCUAGAUCUAUCGAACAACAACUUAUCGGGUAAAAUUCCAAGUUCGUCGAUAGGUUUUCUGGUUUCCCUUGAAAGAUUGAUAUUGAGCAACAACAGUCUUUACGGGGAGCUUCCGUCAUCCCUGAAAUAUUGCACCUCUUUGCUUAGUCUUGACCUAGGCAAUAAUAAGUUGUUUGGAAUCUUACCAACAUGGAUUGGAGAGAACCUAGUUAGUCUGCUGAUGCUAAAUCUAAGAGCAAACUCAAUCACUGGAGAAAUUCCUCAACAGCUAUGUCAUCUUAUGUAUCUUCGCAUCUUGGUUCUAGCUCAAAACAAAUUAUCAGGAUUCAUUCCAACAUGUUUAGGCAAUUUGUAUGGUUUGGUUGAUGGAUUUUGGCUUCAAGUAAAUCCAUAUGAUGAAACCAUGAUGAUUGUUGCGAAAGGAAGAGAACUUGAAUACUAUGGUGAGAUUCUUAAUGAGGUAAUGGCUGUGGACCUUUCAAGCAAUAAUUUAUCAGGAAACAUACCAACAGGGAUAACAAUGCUUUUAGGAAUGUUUCUUUUGAAUUUAUCAAUAAAUCAUCUAACAGGGAAGAUCCCAAGGGAUAUUGGGGACUUGAGAUCAUUAGAAAGCCUUGAUCUCUCAAGGAACCAACUUUCUGGGGAGAUUCCACAAAGUAUCUCAUCCUUAAAUUUCUUGAGUUACUUGAAUCUCUCCAACAACAACUUGCCAGGGAGAAUACCUUCUAGGAACCAACUUCAAACGCUCAAUGAAUCAUCCAAUUACUUCGGUAACCCACAACUUUGUGGUUCACCGCUUUCAAACAAAUGCCCCGGUGAUGAUGAUGAUGGAAGACCCCAAAUUGGGAAGGUUUCUAAUGGCAACGAUGAUGAAGAAGAAAAGAUAGGGUUCUACAGUGGCAUGGCAUUGGGUUUCAUAGUGGGAUUUUUGUUAGGGUUUAGGGUUUAA